AUGAGGGCUGUCCAAUCGCGGCGCCCAGCUUACGCACUUCCACCCCCAGGGAAAAGCCAAACAUACCUCACACAUUGUUGCGGUGGGGUGCCAAAAAACCAAAAUACCUUUGAGGCGAAAUGUUCUUAUGGGGGAAAAUGUUCUUAUGGGGCAAAGUGUUCUUAUGAGGCGAAAUGUUUUUUUUGUACUUAUUUUUCCUUUUCUGCAUUUCCCAUGGAUUUCCUUUCCACACCACACAUGGCAGUAGCGGAACGCCUUAACACCAUCAUGGUAUAUUUUGCCUUUAUCAUAGGGAAGGAAGGACUAACACCCCCAUGUUCUUUGUUCAUUAUGCCGCGUGCCACCGAGUAA